CCAUGGCGGCGGGCACAGGCUACGUGCGUCUGUGGGGCGCGGCGCGGUGCUGGGCACUGAGGCGGCCGCUGCUGGCCGCUGCCGGGGGGCGGGCCCGUACUGCGGCCGGAGCAUGGCUGCCCGGAGGCCGGCGGGCCUGGGACGCCUCUGCUCCUUGGGCGCUGUGGGGUCGGGGGCCGGCCGCCGUGGGCCAGUGGCGGGGGCUCUGGGAGGCGAACAGCCGCGGCGGCGGCGGCGCCUUCUCGGGCGGCGAGGAUGCCUCCGAGGGCGGCUCGGAGGACGGGGCCGGGGGCUCGGGCGGCAGCGUGGGCGGCGGGGAAGGCCCGGUCAUCACGGCGCUCACGCCCAUGACGGUCCCGGACGUGUUCCCGCACCUGCCGCUCGUCGCCAUCACCCGCAACCCGGUGUUUCCGCGGUUCAUCAAGAUCAUCGAGGUGAAAAACCAGAAAUUGGUGGAGCUGCUGCGGAGGAAGGUGCGCCUGGCGCAGCCCUACGUCGGCGUCUUCCUGAAGAGAGACGACAACAAUGAGUCGGACGUGGUUGAGAGCCUGGACGACAUCUACCACACGGGGACGUUCGCCCAGAUCCACGAGAUGCAGGACCUCGGGGACAAGCUGCGCAUGAUCGUCACGGGGCACAGGAGGGUCCACAUCAGCCGGCAGCUGGAGGUGGAGCCGGAGGAGGCGGAGCCGGAGAACAAGCAGAAGGCACGCCGGAAGCCGAAGCGGGGCAAGAAGGAGGCCGAGGAGGAGCCGGGCGGCCGGCCGCAGGCGGGGCUGGCGGUGGAGCCGGCGGCAGGGCCGGGCGAGGUGCUCAUGGUGGAGGUGGAGAACGUGCUGCACGAGGACUUCCAGGUCACGGAGGAGGUGAAGGCCCUGACCGCUGAAAUCGUGAAGACCAUCCGGGACAUCAUCGCCUUGAACCCGCUCUACAGAGAGUCGGUGCUGCAGAUGAUGCAGGCGGGCCAGAGGGUGGUGGACAACCCCAUCUACCUGAGCGACAUGGGCGCCGCGCUCACGGGCGCCGAGUCCCAUGAGCUGCAGGACGUGCUGGAGGAGACCAACAUCCCCAAGCGGCUGUACAAGGCCCUGUCGCUCCUGAAGAAGGAGUUCGAGCUCAGCAAGCUGCAGCAGCGCCUGGGGCGCGAGGUGGAGGAGAAGAUCAAGCAGACGCACCGCAGGUACCUGCUGCAGGAGCAGCUGAAGAUCAUCAAGAAGGAGCUGGGCCUGGAGAAGGAGGACAAGGACGCCAUCGAGGAGCGCUUCCGCGAGCGCCUGGCGCGCCUGGCCGUGCCCAAGCACGUGAUGGACGUGGUGGACGAGGAGCUGAGCAAGCUGGGCCUGCUGGACAACCACUCCUCGGAGUUCAACGUCACGCGCAACUACCUGGACUGGCUCACGUCCAUCCCGUGGGGCAAGCAGAGCGACGAGAACCUGGACCUGGCGCGGGCGCGGGCCGUGCUGGAGGAGGACCACUACGGCAUGGACGACGUCAAGAAGCGCAUCCUGGAGUUCAUCGCGGUGAGCCAGCUCCGCGGCUCCACCCAGGGCAAGAUCCUCUGCUUUCACGGCCCGCCCGGCGUGGGCAAGACCAGCAUCGCCCGCUCCAUCGCCCGCGCCCUCAACCGCGAGUACUUCCGCUUCAGCGUGGGGGGCAUGACGGACGUGGCCGAGAUCAAGGGGCACAGGCGGACCUACGUGGGGGCCAUGCCCGGCAAGAUCAUCCAGUGCCUGAAGAAGACCAAGACGGAGAACCCGCUGAUCCUCAUCGACGAGGUGGACAAGAUUGGCCGGGGCUACCAGGGGGACCCGUCAUCGGCGCUGCUGGAGCUGCUGGACCCGGAGCAGAACGCCAACUUCCUGGACCACUACCUGGACGUGCCCGUGGACCUGUCCAAGGUGCUGUUCAUCUGCACGGCCAACAUCACGGAGACCAUCCCCGAGCCGCUGCGGGACCGCAUGGAGAUGAUCAACGUGUCAGGCUACGUGGCACAGGAGAAGCUGGCCAUCGCCGAGCGGUACCUGGUGCCGCAGGCCCGCGCCCUCUGUGGCCUGGACGAGAGCAAGGCCAAGCUGUCCUCGGACGUGCUGACGCUGCUCAUCAGGCAGUACUGCCGUGAGAGCGGCGUCCGCAACCUGCAGAAGCAGGUGGAGAAGGUGCUGCGCAAGUCAGCCUACAAGAUCGUGAGUGGCGAGGCCGACUUCGUGGAGGUGACGCCCGAGAACCUGCAGGACUUCGUGGGGAAGCCCGUGUUCACGGUGGACCGCAUGUACGACGUGACGCCGCCCGGCGUGGUCAUGGGCCUGGCCUGGACGGCCAUGGGGGGCUCCACGCUGUUUGUGGAGACGUCACUGAGACGGCCGCCCGAGCCGGAGGGCAAGGGGGACAAGGACGGCAGCCUGGAGGUGACGGGGCAGCUGGGGGAGGUGAUGCGGGAGAGCGCCAGCAUCGCCUACACCUUCGCCAGGGCCUUCCUGAUGCAGCGCGACCCGGCCAACCGCUGCCUGGUGACCUCGCACAUCCACCUGCACGUGCCCGAGGGCGCCACCCCCAAGGACGGCCCGAGCGCCGGCUGCACCAUCGUCACGGCGCUGCUGUCGCUGGCCAUGCAGAGGCCCGUGCGGCAGAACCUGGCCAUGACCGGGGAGGUCUCCCUCACCGGCAAGAUCCUGCCGGUGGGCGGCAUCAAGGAGAAGACGAUCGCGGCCAAGCGGGCCGGCGUGACGUGCGUGGUGCUGCCGGCCGAGAACAGGAAGGACUUCCACGACCUGGCGCCCUUCAUCACCGAGGGCCUGGAGGUGCACUUCGCCGAGCACUACCGCGACAUCUUCGCCAUCGCCUUCCCUGAGCCGCGGUGACGGCGGCCGCCCGGUGUGGGCUGGGAGCGGACCCUGACCCUGGCCGGGCCGGCGAGCCACCGGGCUCGGCUUACGACGAAUCAGUGUGGCCUGUGGCCGUGAGCUAUUUAAUCACACUAAAUAAAGAGCGUUUCCAGUA